AAAUAUAAAAUACCAAAAAAUAGAACCGGUACCUUUAAAGAGAAUUAUAUUUAAUAAAAAAGGUACAAAACUGUUGAAUACAAGUUCCAGAUCGAUGACAAUAUCCAAAACGGAAAAGAAGCAACAAACGAGAUCAUCAUUGCAUAACAAUCCAACUAAGCAAUCUAACAAAAUUAAUAAGCUAACUAAACAUAGUUUCGUGAAGAAAAAUAGAAAGAAAAAUAUGGUAGAUGAAACUGAGAAGAUUGAAAAUCGCAAGCGAGAAAUGGAGCGGUUAAAGAAUAUGUUCAAAUCUUUCGCGGGGAUUUUAGGAGACAUUCAGCCGGCGGUUCUCCCAGAAGAAUUAUUAGCAAUUAGUCAACGUACUCCAGAAAAGAAAACUGAAAAGAUAGAUUUUUCAGCUACUGAUGACGAAGAAGAGAUACGUAGAAUCAAAAAGGAACCUUGCGGUUGGAAAACGAAAUCGGAGCAGGAACUACCAGCGAAAAAGACUCUUACCUAUCUCUGCGAGCCAGAUUAUCCUUUAGAGACAAUAGCAGUACGUCCCGGAGGACGACCGUGCCAAUGUAGAGAAAAUAGAAACAAGAAAAAGAUUCUUACGUAUAAUGUAAGUGGUUUGGUUGAGAAGAAAAGAGAUGAAAGAAGAGCUGACAGAAGGAAAUUAAAGGAAGAAAAUAGAAUAAUUGACGGUGUCCUUUACGUCACGCCACCCGUUAGUCCCCGAAGAAGUGAUGAAUACGUUCCAGAAUACGAUCUUCUCGACUCGCCAUACGACAUGUGUGUUAGCGAAGCUACGGAUGAAAGGUUGAAGCUAAUAGAAAAGUAUUCCGGCCCCAAAAGUUUGAUAGAGAAAAUACGAAAAAAACCAAAAUCAUGCAAUUGUUGUAAUAAUGUAGUCAUCAAAGAAGAUCACUUCAUCGAUCAGAAGAGAGAUCUUGAAGAGACUAGAAAGAAAUUUAUGGAAUCCAAAUCAUCGAAAGAAAGAUGGCAGACAGCUUUGAAGGAUGCAGCACUGAUAGAUUAUUUUACGCAACGCGACAAUAACGUACCUUGCUGGACAACCUGCAAGAAAAUUGCUCGAAGUUACAGACCUCACAAAUUGAAGGUAGUAAAGCCAGUGUGUGAAUGUAAAUAUGAAAGAAAAAUUGUGGAGCGAAAUGAAGAAAGAAUGAAAUGGAAGAUACGUCAACGAAGAUUGAAGGAUUUGAAGAAGCAAUCUUUCAUGCAUGUUGUCGAUAUCUCAAGACCAAUGAUAGAGGAUAAAAAGUUUAUUAUAUCUGAUGUGAAGAGGAUCCCGCGGGAAGACGAGGAAGAUGACAUUGAGUAUUGUAUAUCAGGUGUGACAGAAGAUAUUUCUAUGUCGCCACCUCAGAAAAUAAUUGACGGUCUGAAAAUGUCUACGCCUUUCCAAACACCCUCAUCCAGUGAGGAAGAUAUUUUACGAACUGCUGUUUUGCAUCGACAUUGGUCGCCCAUGAAUAUUCCACCAGGUCCGUUGCCGAGGAAGGACGCCUUAAAAGAAGAAAUGGAGCGUAAAAAGAAAGUUAAAGAUGAAGCAUUAAAGUUGAUUUAUGGGGACAAGAAUGAGCAAAAUACAUCAUAUUUAACGACUCAUAAUGACCAAGAAGAAUUGAUUAAAAAAGUUGAUAAGAGAAAAGAUGAUAUGAAGGAAACUACUGGCAAAAUAAUUCGUGAAAAUAAAUAUUCUAAGAAAAUUAUUGACGAGGUCGACUAUCAGCAAAAUGUAUCACACAAACAAAUCGAAAAGACCAAAGAAAAAAUUGACGAUAAGAGUCAUCGGAUAAACGGUGGUGGCGAUAAGAAAUAUGUAAACAAGUUUGAUCAAUCGCUUACAGCAAUAAUGAAGGUUGAAUUAAAGAAAAUGGCUGCAGAAGGUUAUACAUUUGCCAAGUUACCGAAAUGUUAUCUAAUGCCGCAGCUCCAGGAUUGGGUCAUGUACAGGCAGGGUGUUGUUUUCUCGGAAACGGACAAAAAAAAUUUGAUGCAAGAGACCCGUACCAUUUGGGACAUAACAAGUAGAAAAAUGCCUAUGCAAAUUGAGAAACCGUCACUGCACAUGACGAAACAUCAGUUGAAGAGAUUAACCUUUGAUCAAGCCGAGAAAAUCAAGAAAAAGAUUGAAAAGAUCAAAGAGGUAUUUCACAGUGAAGUACGUAAGACACGUGUUUCUUAUGCUCGUAUGAUGUGGAGUACCAUGGAACAUGGGAAAUUCCCUUCCGCGUCGUUCAAGAGAACUUUUUUCACGUAUAUGGCUAGCAAAGAAGCCAAUGGACAUGUUUAUAAACCGUGGUUACCUUCUGAAAUACGCGGACAAGAUCUCAAUUUCUGUUGUCAAUAAUUGUUGAUUA